UACCUCAUCAACCAUGUCGUCAAACACCCCCGACAACUCUCAAGCCUUCAUCGCCAAUAAUCUCACCGAUCUCGACGCGAAUCAUCCCGAGGUGCCCGAUGAAUGCCCAAUCUGUCACGAGGACAUAGGCGCAGGCCAUACCGCCGUCCAGAUUACCGGCAUCCCGAAUUGCGCUCAUAUCUUCGGCCGAAAUUGCCUAGUCUCUUGGCUUUCUUGCGGUAGAAUCAACCAAAAUACGUGCCCUCUAUGCCGGACCACGCUGUAUCAGGGACGGCGAUCGCUUCGCGAUCCGGAUCCCGCCAUGAGGCGAUUCAGUCGUGCAAGACUCGAGUUGGCCCGCCUUGCUCGUCUUGGCCAGUCUGACGAAGAUGAGGGUGUGAUCACACGGGAUCGGCCGCAUGCAUUUUUAUUCAAUCGCAUGAUAACUGAGCCUCGCUCCUUAGAUCAAUUGGAGCAAGAUAUCCAACAGAGGCUUGUGGGGGUGAGGCGAAUGGAACACAUGCUCCAGAUGGCUCGGGAUAACCUCCAAAGGGAUCAGGAGGAGCUGACUCGACGCCUGGAAAAUAGAGAAAGCCUUGGACAAGCUCGGCCUGAACCUAUGCGCUCUGUAUCCGAUCUUCACGAGCCUGGCGAGGUAGCGCCCCUUCCUGCACUCCGACCAGAGGCGAUUCGUCCACUUCAGCCGAUCCGGCGGUUUCCUCCCAUACGACAGCCCGCAGACGCCCAGCCAGACACUGAGACCGCUCAGCGAGGAGUGGAAGUGCCUCGGCCUCGCUUUCCAAUUCCUACACCAGCUACUCACCAGCCCAGCGAGUAUUUGGGUACCCCGUAUCUUGCAAGGGCGAUAAAUGGACACCCUCCAUAUCGUCCGAUCACACGGUCCUUGUUUUGGGACCAUUCGGAGGUCGAGCAAUCUCAGCGACGCGACAACGAACAAGCUGCGGUGCGCUUUCGCCUUCCUACGAUCGGUAUUCGCCCGUUCGAGUAGCGCGACGGAGAACGUGAUGUGGGUUGAUUUGGGGGGGGCUGGAGCGGAGAUUGGAGGGGAUGGUGAGGUCAACGAUUUGAGAUUGCUCUUUUGGCGCCGAUUUCAUAUCUUAUAGAACGGCGUCCAAUGGUCUGUCGCUGGUCGUAAUGGCUUGUAGUGCCUUGAAGAACGCAAUUCAGAUGGAAGUUUGUCAUUUUGAGUAGACGGCAAUGGCGCGGGGCCACCUCAGACAGUAGUCCGUCUAACUUUCUGAUAGCACACUGAAGCACUAUAAUACUGGUCAAUCAGUUUGGGCACUUGAAUAUACCACUGCUCUGACUUC